AGCUGCCCCGAUACCUCUGGAGAGUGUGCCGUUCUUAAACACAAUUCCAAGAUGCAGAAGGUGCUGGCGUACCUGGCGCUCCUUGCCGCAGUGGUUGCAUUGGCCCAUGGACAAUGCAGCGUCAAUAUCCGGACGAACUUGAACGCCCUAGAGCCGUUGUUCCUGCGCAACAAUCAGAUGUGGGCUCCUAAUGGACCUGCGCUGCAGUGGAACGCUGGCGAGUCGACUUUGAUCGCCUGUCCGGGCAACACCAUCCAGAAUACUGGAACCGUUACGGCCACCAUUCAGUGCGUGUCUGGCACGACGUUCAGCCUCGGAGGAUCGAACGUGGACAUCGCCAACGUGGCCUGUACGGCUCGUUCUACGGGAUCGUUCCAGAACACGGGUCAGAGCUGCGGUGGUGCUGGAACCCUGCUGAACCUCGGUUUCGACGUCCCGAGCGUGGGUUUCGUGACGUACAUUCAAUCAUGCUACAACAUGCAGACUGCUUCCGUCAUCUACACUCGUCACGUAAUCCCUGGAUCUGCCAUUAACCAUAGCAUCCAGGAGUCCUAUCGCCCUUCGUUCAAGACCCAGGGCACAGCUUCCCAUGUACAACCGGCCACUUCUUAUACCACGGCCCAGCAAGGAAUUCGCUUUGCACAGCUGCUAGGAUCCCAGGCUCAGGCAGACCGCUUCAUCACCAGCAGUUCGUACCUGUCCCGGGGUCAUCUUUCUCCCGACGCGGACGGAAUCUUCCGCCCGUGGCAGUGGGCGACCUACUUCUACGUCAAUGUGGCACCUCAGUGGCAGGCCACGAACGCCGGCAACUGGUUGGUGGUCGAAAACGCAGCGCGCACUGUAUCGGGUCGUCUGGAUGAGGACGUACUGAUCUUCAAUGGUGCCCACGGUAUCUUGACUCUGCCGCACGUGAAUGGUCAGCAGAUCCCGAUCACGCUGGAAGCGGGUGGUAUCGAGACGCCCAAGUGGUACUGGAAGAUCAUCAAGUCGCCGCGUACGAAUGCCGCCAUUGCGCUCGUCAACAACAACGAUCCGUUCCGGACGAGCAUGCCGGCGGGUGAGCUGUUGUGCCAGGAUGUGUGCUCGCAGUAUGGCUGGGCGAAUGCGAAUUACGGCAAUUUUGCACGUGGCUACACCUACUGCUGCACGGUGGCGGAUCUGCGCCGUGCCAUUCCCAGCAUUCCCGCCGAAGCUGACGCGGCUAACGUGUUGCGCUACUAA